AUGCGGCCGAAGCAUGUCAGGUCGUCGGCAAAGGUAGGCAGCGAUGCAUACGACGAAAUUGAAGAAUGGAGAAGGGCAAAGCAACUUCUCAAGCCCAAAGAACAGCUGGAACUGAACGAGGGCGAACUAAAAGAAGUUAUCGCCAAACAGCUAUGCACUGUUAAUCCGCAAUCGCCCGAUAGUUUGAUAGAGUUCAAUUAUGAUACUGGUGAGUUUUUGCCGAUAGCUCUUGCGACGCAAGGGAUCGUUUUGUUCGAGAGCCUUGGUACGGUUCUGCAUAAAGAUUCUGAAGAAGCUUACGCCCAAUUGCUUGAGCAAGGAAUUGAUCCGCAAACUUAUGAAGGAUCUGUGGUUUCAUUACAAGAAGAAGAUGUUGUGGCGGAACCAGAGCCCAAAGAAGAGGAUGAAGGGAAAGGAAUUAAAACUGAAGCUGGUGAAGAAGAAGAAGAAGGUGAAGCAAAAGAUGAAGAGACUGAAGAAGAAACACAAGAAAAAGCUGAAGAAGACGCUGAAGUUGACGAAGAAGCUGAAGCCAAAGUAGAAACUGCUAAGCCAAUACAAAAAGGAGGUAAACCCAGAAAAUUAGUAAACCAAUUCAACUUCUGCGAAAGAGCAGCUCUGACCUACAAUAAUCCAGUAAGAGCACAAGCGAAUCAAACUGUACCUCCUCCAAUAGCAAAAUUUUCCGCUAACGUACUCCAAUGGAACAUUUAUGAUGAAUAUCAAAAAGACUUCGAAGCUCAACAAUUAGAAAAAGAAUUAGAAAGAGAACGCAAAGAAAAAGAAAAAGCCCCAGUGUCCAAACAUCAGCCGCAAAAAAAAGGUCAAGAAAAAUUCCAGCUCAAUGAAGCUGUACAAGGACGAAUAUCAGAAUGUUGGAAAGUUUUAGAAAGAAUGAUUAAUCAGAAUACUUAUGAUGAUAUUGCCCAAGAUUAUAGAUAUUGGGAUGACCCUGCAGAUGAAUUCAGAGAUGGAGAAGGUACCUUAUUACCUUUAUGGAAGUUUUCCUAUGCCAAAACCAGGAAAAGCACCGUAAUUGACAUUGAUUGGAAUCCUAUUUAUUAUGACUUAUAUCAAGUUUCUUAUGGUUCUUUCGACUUUUUGAAACCAGCACCUGAAGGAGCUGUGUGCUUGUUUACCAUAAAGAAUCCUUCGUUUCCUGAUUAUAUUUGUAUGACAGAAUGCGGAGUCAUGUGCAGCGAUUUUCAUCCCACAUAUCCGUAUAUGGUGGUGAUGGGUCUUUAUGAUGGAAGUGUGCUAGUCUAUAAUGUUCAAGCAUCAUGCCAAAUCCCAGCAUUCAAGAGCGAUAACGUUACAAAUAAGCAUAAAGGCAUAGUUUGGGAUGUAAAGUGGGCGCCAGAUCUUCCAGAUGGAGAGUUAAAUUUCUAUUCUGUUAGCUGCGACGGAGAUAUUAAUAACUGGGUUUUAAUGCAAAAUGAGUUAGCGGUUACCACAAUUUUGUCGUUAGGUUUUGACAACGAUCCUGUCAUUGGUCCAGACGGUACUCAUCUCAAGCUGAAAUGUUGUGCUUCCUGCAUUAGACUUUAUCCAAAGGAUCCUUCGAUUUAUCUAGUUGGUACUGAAGAAGGUCACAUAUAUAAAUGCAGCACAGAGUAUAGUUCUAUAUGCUUAUUGACAUAUAAAGCCCAUUUACUGCCAGUAAACAGAAUCGAUUUCAACAAGUAUAAUCCUGACAUAUUUAUUUCUUGCAGUGGUGAUUGGAAAAUUAAAAUUUGGGAAAACAAUCGAACAGAAGCCCUUUUUGUUUUUGACUUAGGAUAUGCAGUGGGUGACGUUAAAUGGGCCCCAUUUUCAUCGACCGUUUUUGCUGCUGUUACUAGCGAAGGUAAAGUUUACGUAUACGACUUGAACGUUAACAAAUACAAACCAAUUUGCGUUCAAGCGGUGGUCUCAAGAAGGCGAUUUAAAUUAACCAGACUUUCCUUUAAUCAGAAAUUACCCAUUAUCAUUGUGGGGGAUGACAAAGGAUGCGUGACUUCAUUAAAGUUAUCUCCAAACUUAAGAAUUGCAUGUAAAGCUCCGAAAAAGCAACAAUAUUUGGAUCAGUGGACAAUGCAAUGCAUGAAGUUGGAUAAGUUGUUGUCGGUAGUACAAGAAUCGGAAACUUUGCUAUUUCCAGAAGAUACUGCUGGAAAAGAAGAGUCUUAGAGGUUUUUGUUGAAUUUUGAAAUAUUUUAUAAUUAUAGUAACAAGAGUUGC